CGAUAGCCGCGAGGGGGCGCUGGUGAGCGCACGCGGACAGCAGCGAGCGGCGGGAGCAGAAGCCGAAUGGUGGAGCUGAAGAUGGCGGAUGGCGACAGCGGGAGCGAGCGUGGCGCCAGCAGCGGGGGAGGAGGAGGUGCAGGCGGCUUCCAGCGGGACCAGGAGACCCAGGAGCUGGCGUCCAAGCGCCUCGACAUCCAGAACAAGCGUUUCUACCUGGACGUCAAACAGAACAGCAAAGGUCGCUUCAUUAAGAUAGCCGAGGUCGGGGCCGGCGGCUCCAAAAGCCGGCUGACCCUCUCGCUGUCCGUGGCCGCGGAGUUCCGGGACUACCUCGGGGACUUCAUUGAGCACUACGCCCAGCUGGGACCGAGCAGCCCGGAGCAGAUCGCCCAGGCCGCCGUGGGAGAGGAGGGUGGGCCGAGGAGAGCCCUGAAGAGCGAGUUUCUGGUCCGCGAGAACCGCAAGUACUACCUGGACUUAAAGGAGAACCAGCGCGGGAGGUUCCUGCGGAUCCGACAGACCGUCAACCGCGGGCCCGGCUUCGGAGCCGGCGGCCCGGGGGGCGGCAUGCUGUCCGGACAGACCAUAGCCCUUCCGGCCCAGGGCUUAAUCGAGUUCCGGGACGCGCUGGCCAAACUGAUCGACGACUACGGAGGAGACGACGAGGAGCUGAGCGGAGCAGGAGGCGGAGCCGCCGGAGGCUACGGUGAGCUGCCGGAGGGCACCUCCAUCACCGUGGACUCCAAACGCUUCUUCUUCGACGUGGGCGCCAACAAAUACGGCGUCUUCUUGCGCGUGAGCGAGGUGAAGCCCAGCUACCGGAACUCCAUCACGGUUCCCCUCAAAGCCUGGAGCAAGUUCGGAGGAGCGUUCUGCCGGUACGCCGAGGAGAUGAAGGAGAUCCACGAGCGGCACCGGGACAAACUGUACGAGAGGAGAGACGAGUCCGAGGGCGAGGAGGCGGAGGACGACUGAGGGCGAGACAGAGGCUUCGUCCGGCCGAAACACCACCAUCUAGAAAUGACAAAAAGCAGAAAUGACAGAUAAAAGUGCAUGACGAAUCGUGCUGUAAGAGUGACGUAAAAAAGAAGUACGUGUGAAGGGAUGUAUUGGUGUUUUAGUUCUGAGGUUUGAGGGUUUGAUUGUGUGAACAAAAAUGUGUAAAUGAGAUGUUUCUCAUUGGCUGACAAAAAAGAGUGUUAAGCUUUUAUUGUUUAAAAAAACAGAGAGAGAGAGAACCUUCAACCAGCAAAAUGGUUUUUACAGCUGGAAAGUUUUUGUAUUUGAAGCAGAUUCUAUUUAGAGAGGAAGUUUGCUCUUCUUGGAUCAGCAUCCAUUGGGUUUCAGAGGGCUGAUUGUGGGCCUCAUGUUCCACACUUUGUGUCGGUAUUUGGGUGCUGCAGUCUGACCAGUGUUUCAAAACGUCUGAAACAAAGGUUUGUGGUUAACAGUUUGAAACUUGGCUGUCUAAAGGCACAUGUAGUUAUUAGAACGUGCUACAGGGGCUAAUAGUAGGUGUCGCUUGACUGGUGGUUCAAAACAUCUGAAGCAAACAUGUUUUGUGUUAAAAGUUUGAAGUUUGGUUGUAUUAGCAGCCGGGCAGUUGUUAGAACGUGCCACAGCUUGUACUAUAAAGUCGGAUGCCCGGUGUUUGGAACCAGGAUCAGAUGUGGUUGAAACAGGUGAAACCAUCUGUUUUUGGAUUCUUGCAAGUGUCUCUUCCCAGUGAGAUUUUAGGGGGAGGGGGGCAGGAUGUCUUUUUUCUUUUUCUUUUUUUCCCCCCCUCUCUCUCUCUCUCUCUCUCUCUCUCUCAUGGGUCUUCAAGUAUUGAAGUGUGUACCAGCCACUGGAAAAUAAUGCAGUAAGGAAACUGCAACACCAAACAUGCAUGUCUGCUAUGUUUGGUUGCUGCUGGACAAGUCGCCCUGCUGCUGUUAGCAUUUAGCAUGACAAGCAGGCUGUUAAC